AGGACAGCGUUAGAAGUUGAGCGCUCCCAGACUGUGAAGGGUUGACAUUAUCCAGCCCGCCUGCAUGUAUAUGAGAGAUGGGAUUUUUGAGUGCAGACGGCUGGGAUCUUGGGCCGAUGAGAUGAAGGCGAAGCUCACCACUCGCUGCCAGUAAAAGUUUCGGGACGUGCCUCUCUCAGCAGAAAGUUGGGCCAAUCCUUCAAUGCUGAAAUAAUGACGGCUUCAAACAACAGUGAGACUGUGGAGGACUUCGCCCUCGCGACCCUCCUCGCUUUGAUUGAAGACUACCACUCGUUCAACCCAGACACCACCGUCCCGACCUUUGCGUACCCAACAUACCUCGAAUUCAGCCAACAGGUGGCGCGCGGACGACCGUGUGUGUACCGUCUUGACCGCAGUGUCCUAGACGACCAUGUCACCAAGGGGGACAGAGAACCCGAGGACGAAAGCCACUGCGACAACAGCGAUGAGCCGCCAGAACUUUUGUCGUUGAAACGCGCCAAACGUCGACACCUUCGGGAAGAGCAGCGGUCGAUCCUCUCCGCGCCGUGCUUUCAGUGGACGAAGAAGAGCCUCUGCGAGCUGGUGUGGGAAGAGGUCGAGGUCGCGGUGACUCCGGACGGGAGGGCGGAUGCGCUGUACUCUCUUCCUCGGAGGAGGGAUCGACCUCGACGGGAUGGCUUCAAGGGCCAAGCGUUAGGGAAGCAAAGAGACGGCGAAGUCGAUGGUCACGACACGACGAGGGGAAGAGGAGGAAUGGCGACGAAGGAUGGGAGAGAGCGCGAGGAAGAAAAGGAUGAGGAGGGACCAGAAACAGAACCCGAGCAGGUCUUCCUCCAGCCGGCCUCGACAUACAUGACGCUUUCCACGCUGAUCGACAAGCUAUGUCCUCCGCAGCCUUCCUCGCCUUGCUCGCCUUCAUCCCUCUCCCCCUCCCUCACCAACGCGAAGUCAUCUCGAACCACGCCCACGCCGACACCCACAUCCGCAUUCACAACCACAUCGCCAACCAUAUCCGCGGGAACAAAAGCACCAAUCUACUACCUCCAAUCCCAAAACUCGAACCUGCACACCCCGCCGCUCUCGGCCCUGCAGAGCUCCCUCCCGCGCGGGCCCCCGCCCUUCAGCACGCGGGUGCUCGGCGCGCCCGAGGCCGUCAACGUCUGGAUCGGCAACGCGCGGUCCGUGACCAGCACGCACCGCGACCCGUACGAGAACCUGUACCUGGUGGUGAAAGGGCGGAAGCGGUUCGUACUGUACAGUACCCUGGAGGAGGUGUGUUUGCACGCCGAGAGGGUCCGGACGGGGCGGUGGGCGUUUGAGGAUCAGGGGGGACAGAACGGGGAUGACGGGGAAGGGAAAGGGGAGGAGAUGAGAGAGUUUAGGAUUGUGAUGGACGACGAGGACAACAACGGCGAGAAGGGGCAGGACUGCACCGAGAACAACGACUACAACGAGAGAGGUUCAGAUACUACUCCUCCCACAUCCAUCCCACUUCUAUCGUCACCAUCCACCUCAGAGCCCGAUCCCGGAGACGAAGACACGAACCGCAUCCCCUGGAUCCCCAUCGACCCGCUCUCGCCUCCGCCAGCCACCUCAAAAAGAUACCCGUACUACAAAUACGCCCGCCCUCUCAGCGUCACCGUCUCGGAAGGCGAGAUUCUCUAUCUGCCCGCGGGCUGGUUCCACCACGUCACCCAGGAAUGUGGUUUCUGGGAGGGAGACGAGAGCAAUGGGAGCGAGACGGUGGCGCCGUGCAUAGCGGUGAACUACUGGUUCGAUAUGGAUUACUCGGGAGAGAAGCAUGUCAUGAGGGAGAUGGUGGGACGGUUAGUAGAGAGGGUCCGGAUGACUGAAAACAAAUAAACCCCACCAGCUCGUAGCCUUUUGUAUCAAAGAGUUCAUUUUUCUA